AUGGCAGGCAAGAAGAAAGAAGCCCAGUUACAGAUGCUGGUCAAUAAUGAAACUCUGUGGGAAGAAAUGCUGCAGAACAAAGGUCUAACAGUAAUCGAUGUGUAUCAAGCUUGGUGCGGACCUUGCAAAGCAGUGCAGGCUUUGUUCCAGAGGCUGAAAAAUGAUCUUUCAUCUGACGAGGAGCUUCUUCAUUUUGUUGUGGCAGAAGCAGACAAUCUGAUAAGCCUGCAGUCAUUCAGAGAUAAAUGUGAGCCUGUUUUCCUCUUUAGUCUUAAUGGCAGAAUCAUAUCGAUGGUUAAAGGUGCAAAUGCACCAUUGAUAAAUGCUAAAGUGAUUCAACUAGUUGAAGAUGAAAGGAAAAUUUUAGCAGGGGAAAUGUCCCGCCCAGUGCUUCCUGAAUUAGUACUAGUGGAUUCAGAUGAAGGCGAAGAUGUGGUUGAAACUCCAGAAGUACCUGUGGAGGAUAUAUACAAUGUAAUGAUAAUAAGACCAAGUGCUGUGGAAGAGGAAAGAGUAGAAGAAAUUAAAGAAAUGAUUGUGGAUUUUGGUGCUGUCAUAAUAGGAGAGGAGCAGAGAUUCUUAGAUGAUGAGCAGAUUAGAGAUUUUUAUGAUGAGGAUUCAAAUAAGUUUGAUUUUGAAGAAUUUGUCUCAUAUACAACAAACAACCCAAGCUAUAUUCUAGGCAUUUGCCUGGGACCACCAGUCAAAGAAAGUGAAGAUGAAAAAAAAAAGGAUCAGUCAGAGGAAAAAGAAAGUCAACCAGAGGAAAAAGAAGGUCAACCAGAAGAAAUAGAGGAUCAAGCAGAAGGAAAUGAGGAUCAAGCAGAAGAAGGAGAUCAAGCAGAAGAAGAAGGAGAUCAAUCAGAAGAACCGAAAGAGAAAGAAGAGAAGAAGCUGAAAAGCAUACGAGAACUAUUGAAAAGUCAAGGGCUGAUAGAAGUCUGUGAUCUCAUAGAUGAUGCACAAAAGGCAAGGAAGCAUCUCAUUCAAUUUUUUCCAUAUUUUGCUAAAGCAAAAAAUCUCCAGCCGUUGGUUGAAAGGACGUUGGCUGUAAUCAGACUUGAUCUCUUACAGGGAAGUAUCGAGUCUGUCCUAGAGCUCCUCCAGAAGGAAGGCUUUGUGGCAAAAAUGCAAAAACAGUUGAUCUUGACCGAGGAAGAUGCCAAAACGUUCUACAAACAACACAAGUAUUACGACCAUUUCCCAGCUCUGAUUGAACAUGUGAGCAGUGCUCCAAUUCUGGCACUUUGUUUAGAACGAAUAAAUGCUGUGUUCUACUGGCGAUAUAUACUGGGCCCAACGGCUACUGAUGAAAACCCUACCAGUUUGAGGGAUACUCUUGGCCCAGAAAAUUGUCGUUUCAACCAAAUUCAUGGAAAGGAUUCCCUACAGGACUUAAAUGAAGAAAUUCUCUUCUGCUUUCCUUAUGAACAUACUGUGGUAUUGAUCAGGCCUCAUGCCUUCCAAGAUCUGAGGGGGGGUAUCAUAAGAAAGAUUCAAGAAAAUGGGUUUGUAGUUUCCCACCUGAAGGAAAUCCAGCUAACUGCAGACAAGGUUGAGGAAAUUUAUAGGGCUCUUGAAGAGAGAGAUUUCUUCGAGGACUUACUGAUCCACAUGACUGAAGGUCCCUGCAUGGCCAUGAUCAUAGGUAAGGAGAAUGCAGUGCAGGACUGGAGAAAGUUAGCAGGCCCCACAGACCCAGAAGAAGCAAGAAAGGUUGCCCCUGAGUCUAUCCGGGCUCUCUUCGGGAAGGACAUCUUGGACAACGCGGUGCAUGCAUCAUCUACCAAAGAACAUGCCCUGAAGACCAUUGAACUGUUAUUUGGAGACAUUGAUCUGGACUCUGAGGAUCACGCGAUCUAAGAGCUCCCAGCAGAUGUUGCUCCAUUUCAUCCACAUGUGUUACAGAAAUGAAAUAUACAAGGCACCUUCCUCCUGC